GCCUUGACGAAAGUGUAGAAUUAAAUGUCGCCCCGUUCCCACGUCCAAGAAGAACACGAAAGGCUCCUGAGGAGUUUGCGUGCCGACACUCACUUUUUGUUUCUUCAUUUUUAUUGCUUUUAGUUUCUUCUCUGCUUUUUCGUACUCCGUCGAUUCCGAGCACCUGGUUUAUCCCGAGAUUCUGCCUCCAGGCGAAACUUGUACGACUACGACCGACAAAACAUCUACAGCAAACGCCCAGCCGCCAUGAGGCUGCCGGCCUGGGCAGCCCUCGCCGUCGGUGGCCUGGCCGUCUUCUCGAAGGCCCAGGAGAUGCCGCAGUGUGCGGGCGACUGUCUAGCCACACAUCUCGAGGUGUCCUCUUGCGGUCCAACCGACUUUGACUGCAUCUGCGCCGACGAGACUCUCAUGGAAAACGUCGGAUUGUGCACUCUCGGCGCCUGCACCGUCGUCGAGGCUUUGGCUUCCCGGAACAUAACAUCAACUCUUUGCAAGGAGCCCAUCCGCGAUAGAAGUCUGGUGGCCCCCAUUGCCACGGCCGUGUCCGGUUCCAUUGCCUUGUUCGUAAUCCUCAUCAGGGUGUGGGAGUGUUCCAUACAAAAGGAGUGGGGAUGGUCCGAUAUGAGUGCCUAUGUGGCCUGGGCAUCAUCCGUGCCCAUGAACGUAUUCGAAUUCUUCAUGAUGGCCAACGGUAUGGGAAAGGAUAUUUGGACCUUGACUCCGGAGCAAAUCACAGACGUCGUCAGGUACACCUGGGUGACCCAAGUCAGCUACAUCCCAGCCAUCAACCUCACGAAAGUGGCCAUCCUCCUCUUCUUCAUCCGCGUCUUCCCCGAUCAGAAGUUCCAAUGGAUAUGCUGGGGUAGCAUAGUCCACUGCAUCCUGUUCAUGGUGUCAACGUUUAUCGCCGCCGUUCUCGCCUGUAUCCCAGUUGAGUAUGCCUGGUCAGCAUGGUCUGGGACGGGCGAGGGGAUAUGCUACGACAACAACGCCUUUUGGUGGGCUGUCUCGGCCAUCAACAUCGCCACCGACCUCUGGAUCCUAGCGUUGCCGAUUCGACAGCUCCUCAGCCUGCAGCUGGGAACGAAGAAGAAGAUUUACCUGAUCCUCAUGUUCAGCGUGGGUCUUGUCAUCACCAUUGUGAGCAUCAUUCGUUUCGAAGGCCUCCUCACAUACUCUACAUCCUCCAAUCCGACAUACAACAACGUCAUGGUAGCGACCUACAGCGUAGUCGAAUGCAACGUCUCCGUCAUCUGCUGUUGCAUGCCCUCCACCCUUGCCUGCCUCCGCCGCUACUUCCCCCAGGGAUUCGGGAGCACCAACCGCACGACCGGAUCGAAACAUGAAGUCAAGAGCUACGGAAACUCCAAAUCUCCGUUCCCAUCCAACGGCGGCGGCAUACACAAGAGCGUCACGCAUUCCGUCUCGAUCAUGCCGCGUGCUGGUGAUUCCGACGUCGUGGAGCUGAUGGACGUCGAGGCGAACAAGCAAUACGCCCCCCAGUGGUGAUGGCUGGGAGUUUUCGGCAGCCUCACGAAGAGCUCGAGAGAAAUAAAGGAGGAAAAGAACAAACAAGUUGUGCUUAUUCGGAGAGGCUUCAUGUUGCCCUGUAUUAUAUACUGUACGGAUACCCUUCAUGGCCUAGCCGUCGUCUCCUUUGACUGGUCGAGAUGCUAGGACGGCACGGCCAUGUUGGGGGGCUGUGCUGAGAACUUUUAGAUACCACACCGGCCAGCUACUGAACUGGCUCUUGAUUGUAGUUUUAGACACACUUUCCAAUACAGCUCGGCAAUGCUGGGACGGCCCACUGCCAUUCAACGGACU